AUGCUUCCCACUCUCAUCCGGCGCACGGCAGCCGCCAGCUCCAAGACGCCGCAGUGGAAAAUCCUGGCGGCUCUUCACCCGCCCAAGAAAGUCUGGCCGCCCGACUUCUCCAAGCUCACACACCAGGAACAGCUCCGGUACGAAAAGAAGUACAAGCGUAGGGUUCUGCUGGCCACGGCUCGGCCCAGAUUCAUCAAGUACACCAAGCUGGCUCAGUUGUUCGCGAUCACAUUUGUUAUCGUCUAUACUGUUCUGUUUAUGGACUUGAGCACCGAGGGUCAGCCAUUUGACGGUUUCCGGAAGUGGUUUUGGGAGUCAUUGGGAUUCAAAUACGUCUCGCAGAAGCCCCCUGAGGGCCGCGCGAAGAGGUUCGAUCCCAUCACGCGCACUCCAUAG